CAGCCUGUGGCCUUCCCACCCUCUCCAUUCCUCGUCAAGCAGUAGGGAUGCUUGCAGCAGUGGCAGCACCGGCCGUGGCGGUGGCACUGGCAGCAGCAGUCGCUUAUAACCUAAACAGACUUGUUGCCCCGACUUGCCAGUGCACCAUGUAUGAGUGAUGCUAGCAGUGGCAGCGCCAGCAGCAGUCAAGGCACCAGAGUCAACAACGCCGCAGUAUCAGCAGCAACAUCGGGGGUGGCAGCAGCAUAUGGCUUUUUGUGAAGCUCCAGACAACAGCAAUGGCAGAAGCAGCAAAACCUAUGGCAGUGCCAGCGCCAUACAACGGCACCAGCAACAACAGCAGCUUUGUCAACAGGAAUGGCUGCAACAGCGACAAAAAGAUUGCAGCAGAUUUGUAAUGGUCGCAAGCUCAAUUGCCAGACACCAACAGAAGAAGCUGCGUGGAGUAGCUGUGACUGCCGCAGCAGCAGGUUUAGGGGGAGUUUCCGUAGGUAGUGAGUGGGGCAUUCACUGGGGUUAAACCAGCUGCUGUUCCUGGCUGGUAGAUCUGGCCCAUGCUUUUGGCUGGUAGAUCCAGCCCAUGUUUCUGGCUGGUGUAUCCAGCCAUUUCUGGCUGGUAUAUCCAGCCCAUGUUCCUGGCUGGCAAAUCCAGCUUAUGUUUCUGGCUGGUAAGCCAGCCCAUGUUGCUGGCUGGUAAAAUCCAGCCCAUGUUGCUGGCUAGUGUAUCCAGCCAACUGGCUGGUAUAUCCAGCCCAUGUUUCUGGCUGGUGUAUCCAGCCAUUUCUGGCUGUUAUAUCCAGCCCAUGUCUAUGUUGGAAUAAACGCGUUUGGCGUUUUAAACGCUAGCGUUUAAACGCAAAACGCUUGGCCAGGAGGGGAGCAAACGCUGGCCCGGGCAGGGUUAAAGAAAGUUUCGGGCAGGGCAAA